AUGGAUACUAGUUCUAAAAGUGACGAUAAAAUUGAAGCUGAUUCCUUCUCAGUUCCUCAAAAGGAGCAGAACCAAGAGGGAUUCAACUCCUCGAAGCUGAAUUAUGACGGAGAACCUCCUAAUACAACCUUGAAGGAGGUAUCAUGUUUUCAAGACUCUUCAAAGAUAGGUCUUGAAGAUAGCAGAGAGCUUAGUAAUAUUAACAAGAUGUAUGAUGUCCUACAGAGUGAAAAAUAAUACAAUUUUUAACCUAGAAGAAGAAAUGGGAGAGCAUUUUCACAUUGGCCGUCAUCAAACUGAGUCUACUUUGUUUGGAAUCGAGGAAGAAGUAAAGCUUGGGAAAAAUGAAAAGGUCAGAAUUGUCAAGUCGAUUGUCUCCAACCAAGGGGGAAGCAAGCAUACUGAUUAUAAGAUCCUUGGGAUUCAUGGAGACCAAGAAUUUACUAUCUGUAGAAGAUAUAAAGAGUUUAGUUUACUUCAUAAAAGACUAGAGGAAAGAUGGCCAGGGUUCUACAUACCCCCAAUUCCCAAGAAGAAUGCGUUCAAAUAAAAUGGACUCUAAAGUAGUUUCUGAGAGAGUGUAUUUAUUAAAUGUGUUUCUGAACGAAUUAGCUGAUAGGCAGUAUCUUUGGAAUUCACAAGAAGUAUCACUCUUUAUAAAGCCUUUGGGUAGUGUGAUAUCCGAUUUGAAAAAUCUGCCAAAACCUACAAUUGAGAUGCUUUUAGAAAGAAUUACUGUGGAUGCUCAGAUAAAUUUAGAAAUUAACCCCCUAGAGGUUGAACAUUACUCUAGAUCUAUCAAAUCAUUUAAGAAUGAUCUUUCAGAAAAUUUGGUGUUCCUGAACACUCUUAAAGUGUUUGUCCUAAAGCAGUGAGAGAGAAGAAAUACUUACCUCCGUUGAAACGGUUAUUUCAUGGACCAACUCUACACCUACGAAAACAGUACAUUAGAUGUAUAUUCACGGAAAUCUGUGAAUGAUUCCCUCACUACCUCAUUGAAGAUAGUGUCUGAUAUUGAGAAUGAAAAGAUCGGUAAUGACUUCUGUUUAAUCCCUCUUACUGUAAAUAACCCAUUCGAGAAAAUGAGGUAUUGGAUCAAACAAGAAAUCCAUGAUUUUGAAGCAAUGAUUAAGUCAAUAGAAGGAAUUGAUAAGCUACUUAAAGAUAAAGAGAAGCUCAUCGCAAAGAUCUGUUCAGCCCAAAAAGAGAUGCAAAAUCUUGAGGAAGGCAAGAAAUCCUUUAAGACUCUAUUCCAGUCUCAGACAGGGAGGCAUAACAAGAUAAGCGAGCUCAAUACCUACAUCUCCAGGAGUGAGGUGAUCGUGGAGACUUAUGACAAAGUCCUCAACCUUCUAACAGUGUACAUGUGGAUGAAGGAGAUCAGUCAGUUCAAGCUCUGGAAAGCUAGCAAUUACUACAAGUGAUUGUCUACUUUCUGAACAGAAGAACUUGAAGGGAAUAACCAUAUCAUGAACCUUUGGGAAAAUCUCAAGUACAUCAUGGAGAGAAAAGAGAAGAUUUGGCAAGAUGAUAAAACUAAAGAACAAUAUGAGAGAGAAGUUAAACUCAAACUUGAUCAUCGCAAUGAACUUGGAGAACAUGAGCAUGAAAAGGAAGAAAUAGAUCAUAGUUUGAAUAAUGCUAAUGAUGUCGAUCAAAAUCUUAAGAAUCAAGAAAAUCAACUAUAUGCUUAUGAUCCACAAGGGAAGGAUAGUUUCUUGCAUAAAGAUUAUGAUCCGGAUGCAGGAGAAGCUCAAGAUUAUCAUAAAGAUGAAAAUAAUUAUGAUGUAUCUAUAAGACAUAAUAGAGAUCCUAAGGUGUUGGCUAAGAGUAGUGUUACUUUCCCAGCCAAGGAUGACUCCAUCAAUGAUUCAGAUGACUUAGAAUACCAAGUGAAACAGCAAAACUCUUUAGGAGACGGUAUUGAAGCUUUUACAUAUGCUUAAUUU